AGUUGCGAAAGCUGGAAAUUUCGGAGCGGGUCGGGAUGGGAAAAUCCGGACCGCUAACGCACACGGAUUCAAGAAUUUAGAAUUCCGGACCGCUGACAAGCUGGACAAAAAAGUAACUAUAAACAUGUUCCCGAUAAUUAAACAACAUUUUAACGACGGGAGCCGACUUCAGUAAUUAAUUGUUUCAGUGGGGUCGGUGAUGUCCUGUAAAGUCAAUAACUACACUCGCAAAACUUAUAAAACGGCAUGUAUGAAGCUCUUAACAUCCUGUAGGUAACAUAUUUUGCAAAACAAACUCGUAUCCUAGAAAUAUUCCAUAACAGUUUUGAGUGAGGUUCGUGGGUGAUAAAUCGAUCAAACAAUUUGUACAAAACCCUACAGCAAGGUGUUAACUUCUCAUUCCGCUUAUCUUCAUCGGAGACUUCAGAGCAAAAGAAGAGUUAUUCGGGUAGUCAUGAGAUAUUUCGCCAUAUUGUGCAUUAUCCUGACCACUGCGGUGAGCUUCACAAUCGCCAAUAAAAAGCGGAGAUGUGAACGUCCUUUAGCGAGAGCCAAAUCUUGUGAGUGUAAGCCCAAAAGCGCUGGCUUGCUGAAAAUGUCUGGCGGAAAAUUGGUCGUGUGUGAUGGCAGUGGAUGGAAGACGCUACAGUUUGCAACACCUCUCGGCUCGAGUUCGGACAAUCCAGGACAUUCCUGUAAACACAUCUUGGACAACGAUAAACAAGCAGCUGACGGUGUUUACUGGAUCACCCUGACAUACAAGAGAGAGGCAUUUCCUGUGUACUGUGACAUGGCAAACGGAGGCUGGACCAUGGUGUUUAAGGCGGUAUCUGGAGGCAAAGGAGUUGCGUAUGAGAAUUACAAGUCGGGUGAAACAUACGCCGAGAACGAAAUGGCCGCUCUUGACGUCACUAACCAGUAUCCCAACGACUACAAGAACAGGAUUGUUUUGAACUGGGGUCAAUUCGGUGCUUCCGAGGCAAGAGUUGUCCUAUAUAAAGGAAUCGAAUCAGUUAAGGAACUGAAAUUCAACGUCAAAGGAUCAAACAACAUGGACUGGUUCAAAUUCGAGAGACUGACUGAAUAUCCCUGGACUGACAUGGCAACCGCGCCACGUAACCUGUUCACUAUCGAGGAAACCGCUUGGAAACGCAGCUUCUUCAUCAACAGUGUAUAUGCUGGCUGCCCUGGCGAUGUUGGCUGGAUGUUGAUCACUGGAUUCCCCUGUGGCUGGGAGAAACACUUUGGUGAACACAGUGUCAUAUACAGUAAGGUGCCCGGUUGCACCAACUGGAAUCAUUACGGCAACGUAGACAAGGCAGAUACCAUGGUUAUUUUCUUGCGUUAAGAAACAGAACCACAGCUCACCUACACACCUGACGAGUGACCGGAGCAAAGGAAGCUGAUGGGGCAGUAGAUUUGAUUUCGCCGGUUGUUAGAUUUGGGAUUUGGUAUUGUUUAUAAACCAAGAUAAGGAAGGGAUAGAGAUCCGCUCUCUUCACUUACGCAUGAUAGUUAUGUUCUGCAGUAAUGAAAUUAAAGUAUUGGGGAAAAUCUGGUGAA